AUGGGCAGUAAGAAAUUGUCGGUAAGGUUAUCAAGGUUUCAUCAGUUACUGAUUAUGUUGGGGGUACAAGACUCAGGUGACAAAGCAGCUGAUUUUGAUAAUGACGAUGGUGGUGGUCUGCUAAAUGGGGUAGCUUCAGGUCAACAAGCUGAUCAACAGACUGUUACCUUACCCUUACCCAUGAAUGGACAAGCGGCCAUUCCAGCUGCACUUCUUCCAACAAUUGUGGUGUCGGAGCCUAUUGGAAUCUACAGUGAAUGUCUCCUCUUUAAGAAUAUGUUUGAUCCGGCCAUGGAGAUGGACCCAAAGUAUGAUUUGGAAAUCAAAGAUGAUGUUGAGGCAGAAUGUUCCAAAUAUGGUACAGUUCUGCAUAUUCAUGUUGACAAGAAUAGUGUUGGUUAUGUAUAUCUUCGAUUCAAAACCAUUCAAGCUUCUGCAGCUGCUCAAGCAACAAUGCAUAAGAGGUGGUUUGCACACAAGAUGAUCUCAGCAGUAUUUUUGCACUACAAAAUAUCUGGACUCGAACUGGGGAUAUCCUCUGUAGUUGAUGCCAUUGUAAGCAGAAUUGCUGCUCGCGAUGCCUUAUCCGACGGUGGUUGGGAUAAUUCCAUGAUAGAGCAGGCUCAUCCUAUAGGAGUAACAUCAGUUUCUUGGGCCCCUUCUAUUCAGAAGCUGGUGUCUGGUGAAUGUGAUAAUACUGUGAAAGUAUAG